AUGUCGAUGACAAAUGAGAAUGAUGUGGCUUCUAAUUCGGAGCUUUUGCUGGACGUUUUUAACGAGCUUCUCGACUCUGUUAUCAUUGAUGUUGCAUCAGAGUCGCACCGUAUUGCAAAGCUAGGGCUUGAUCGCAAUUUAGAUCAAGAGGAAGAGGAAUUAAGGUUGUCCCUCGAGGCACGGGCCAGGGCAUCCGAUCCGAGCCAUAGUGGUGAAGCCAACGGCAAAUACGUUGUCGACAUAUUCGGCCAAACGCACCCUCCUAUUGCAAACGAGAUAUUUGAGUGCAUGAAUUGUGGGCGGUCGAUCAUGGCCGGAAGGUUUGCUCCCCACUUGGAGAAAUGCAUGGGCAAGGGGAGAAAGGCCCGUCUCAAGUCGACAAGAAGUACGACAGCUGCCCAGAAUCGGUACUCACGU